GUCACCCCUCUUCUCCGCACCGUCGCCAUCCCUCUAUUUCUGCCCGGCUCGCGUUGCCGUCUUUCGUCAGUAGUCUUCGGUGCGUCGCGCGAUAUGUGACGUUUCGUGAUUCCGUAGUGCGUCACAGAAUUCGCGACGAUUCAAAUAAACAAAUUGAAAUCGACGCAGGAUUCCUGCGUGCGAGAAAUUGCAUUUAACAACGAAGUGUUUUCUCGCCCUUUCGUCGCGAAACAUCAUCAUCGAGACGCAAUAGCGUGUAUUAUUCACCGUUGAUAGAAAGGAAAGAGAGCGAGAGAGAGAGAGAGAGAGAGAGAGUAUAUCCCCUUUGAGAUCGUCGGAAUAGGAAGCUGAAAGCUAUCGGAUUUCUGAAAAUUUGUGAUAAGUGUAUGUACUAAUCCACGUACCAUCCCACUAGUGUCUGUUAUCUACGUACGUUAUCGUGAAUCGUCUGAAACCGAAUAUCGCCACCGAUGAGUCUCGCUUUAACGCGUGAACGAUCGAGAUCCUCGACGACGCGUGAGAUUCAAUAACGGCCGUGGUAUUAUCUAACGCGUCAUCUUUAAGCGAGAGUUAACUCCAUUGAUCGGUCCAGCUACGCAGAGGAGCAUAUAGUACGUUCGCGCUAACGUCGCCGCCCAAACCAGAGCGGACUCUUUGGCAUUUUUUUUGCUGCCAUGCUCUUAUUUCGCAAAAACGCGAGUGCAAUCUCGAGGAUUAUUCACGAAGACUCAUCAUUGUUCGCGAGGACCUGAACUCUCGAAAAGAAGUGUUGUAUAAAAACUGUCGGAUAUAAUUAUCGUUCGCGUGUUAUAAGGACAACCUUAAUAUCGUUAGGAUUCCAGAGUUUUUUAUCGUGAAAAGAACUGCAUCUCUUGUGAAGAGAAUUCGUCAAUCUGCCGAGGAUUAGCGGAGUUUGUUGACGGAUCACGUGUUUUCAUCUCGCGAUUUCUUGUCGAAAACCAGAAUCUCGCUACGGGAUGCUUCUCGGCGGUUGCAGAUAUUCAACCCAAAAUCAGAAUGUGCCGUCCACGAAAACUAGCAGCUGGAGUCCUUACAGUCCCUUUCGAAACACCAAUAAUAUGCCGUUGCAGGACAUUACAAUGAGUCAAACUAUGCCGUUGACAAAUGGUGGAAACACUAGAGCAUAUGGUGAGAAUCUUCCCGAGGACAAAACCGGUGCGACAAUGGCACGUUCGGGAAGUGGUGGAGGAGGAAGCGGAGGUGGCGGUGGUGGCGUGGGUUACGGUAGAACCAUAAAAGAAUACGAGGACGAGUUGAGCAGCUUGAAGAAGGAAAAUUUUCAGCUAAAAUUGCGAAUUUAUUUCCUGGAGGAAAAAAAUCCUACGAGAAGUGGUAUUAGUUCCUCCGAUGAAGAUAUAAUUAAGACGAAUGUGGAAUUAAAGGACGAGUUGGAAAAAUUAAGGAAGGAAUUGAUGGAGAAGCAAGUUCUUCUCAAUCAGGCAGCCACAGCUUUCAAAUUAUAUGAGGAGCAAAAAGCAUCGACGCGGGAUCAGUAUCAACAAUUACUUGAAAUAGAGCGAGAAAAAGUAACCAAGCUCGAGAGAGAAUUAGCAGAACUACGUGAAGGAGAGUUAGAUGCAUCUGCAUUUUACAAAGAAACUUUCGGUAUCACUCCGGAACAGGCGUUGAAAAAUGCGGAAAAAUUGCGACAGAUGGAAGAAAUGGUGGCUUCUCUCGAAGCAGAGGUGAAACAGACAAAUGUCACUUUGGAGGAGGAACGUUACUGGGCGGAGGAACUUGAGAACGAGAGGGAUCAAUUCAGGGAGCAGUUGGAUAUACAGACGCAACUGCGAGAGAAGGAGGACUGUGAUCGAGUGCGAAGUAUUGAGAAACUGCGCGAAGAAGUAAAGGAGUUGAAAGAGGAAUUACUCAAAAAGGACUCUAUUGUGCAACAGUACAAGGACAAUCUCAAUGAACGGGACAGGCUGUUGAAGCAGAAAAAUACGUUGCUGGAGGAAAAGUGUCGAAUGUACGAAGAGAUCAACCAAGUAUCCGAGAAAAGGAAAAAGCAGAUCAUUCAAUUGAGGACAUCCGUGAAAACACGCGAUGACGCCCUCGCAGAAAUCAACAAUAAGCAUCGAGCACUGUUAUUGCAGUACGAAAACUAUGGUAAGCGUUCUUCGCCGCCUAAUAGUCCUUUGGCUGUAACUUCGCUGGCGACUGCCGAAAAUUUAUCGCUAUUUGUGGGGCAGAAUAAAACUAAAUAUGAUGGUGCCAAUGAUCGCGAAUCGAGUACAAAAGAAAAUUCAGCGAGUUUGAAUUCACCCUUAGGCGGGGAUGGCAAAGAGAUUAGGCAGUUAAUCAAGGAAUUAGAAGAGCGAGAUAACGAAUUGAAACGGCAGGAGGAGACCAGAAAACAAUUGAUAUUAAAAUUGUGCAAUGCUCAGAAGCAGGUGGAAAAUUCGGAACAGAAAUUGAAAAAAUUAGAAGGCGAAUAUGACAAAGCCAUUAGGGCGAUACAAGGCUUCGUUGAACGCGAGCAACAUCUCCAGGAUAUAUAUUCCCGUAAGGAACAAAGGAUCUUGGAACUAGAAAAAGAAAUGCGUAAAGGAAGAAACAGUAACGAUCUCGUUUCGUUGAAGGAUCUCGGCAUCAAGAAUAUAGAAAACUCUCAAAAUGAUCCCUGCGAACAGCAACGUUUCGAAGAAAUGGAAAGCAAGAUCAACGACCUACGGGACCAAAUCGAGACAAUAAAAGCUGAGAAGAGUCUCUUGGAAAAACGGACGCAAGUCGAGUCUGAGGAACUUCAAGAACGUCUUCAUGAUAAGGAGCAAAGAAUUGAGAUUCUGGAGACAGAGAAGCAGAUUAUCACGGAAGAAUUAAAGGACAAAAUUGCCGAGCUCGAUAAGCUGAAGCACACUGAGGCAAACAGCGUUAAUGAAGUUACUACUACUAAUCAUUACAAUGAUACUCCGCAAAGAGAUGAAUUGCUUGAACAGCUGAACCAACAGAACGCUGAGAUCGAGGAGAAAAACCGCAAGAUCGAGCAGCUGACGAAAGAGUUGCAGGUGACGACUCAGAAUCUUCAGAAGCUGGUCAACACAGAACUCUGGAGUAAAAAUAAAGAAAUUGCCAAAUUACACAAUCACAUGACGGCAUCGUACGGCCACGACAGAAGUCGUAAUAAGUCCGAAACCGUCCAGGAAGCCGAUAAUUCGCAGCUGACAAAUCUGAUUCGCGAACUGAACGAAAUUGGUGUUAAAGUCAAUUUCGUUGACGAGACUGUGCAACUUGUUUACAUAAACGGAAAUGAAACGGUGAAUGUGAAGACGUUAAAUGAAUAUGUUCAGAGGUUGACUAAUCAACGAAAUGAUCUGGAAAAGGAAGUAGAUUAUCUGAAGUGGUUAAAACUCGUAGCAAAGCCUGAUAUCGCCGCGGAAAUCGAUGGCGAUUGUGGCAACGAGACGGAACGGGCGAAAAAAUACUGUGAACUGCUGCGUACGCAUCUGAAGGACUUGGUGAAAUUCAUGAAAGAGAUGCUACAGAGCGCUGAUCGCGCGGAUACCGUUGGUAAUGAACACAAGAAGAUUGUGCUAGACGUUUUGCUCAAUUCUAAGAUCUUGUCGAACGAUUUUGUGCGUGCUCUUGAAGGCAUGACCGUUCAGGACGAUGUGAUCGUGAAUGGCAGAAUGGAUGGUUCUGUAAAAAGGAGUCGAUCCGAAAACAUUGCGGAGACGACAAAGAAUCAGGCAUCGCAGUCAGAUUCUGAGACGUUUUCGGAACCCGAUCGAACCGUUUCCAUGGCUAGAAUUGGCCUGCAGGAAAUGCAGUAUAAGAAUCCCAGCCGUUCCAGAUUUACAAAGUACACGAAGACCUGCAGCGAUUCCGAAGACUCCGCAGACUACACUGUGCCUUACUACAAGACCUAUCAGAACGAUCUAAAUGAUUUGGACACGAGUUGCCAAAUACAAGAGCUGAAAGAAACAAAUAACAUGCUGUAUUCUGAGCUUAGCGCCCUAAGGAAUGAUUUGGUUACGAAAGUCUCUUUCGAUUGUACAAUUGAUGAAAAAUUAACUCUAUUUAUUACAAAAUUGGAGAAGUCCCAAAGGUUUUGUGAAAAGUUGCAAGCUUCCUUAGAAAAGAGAAUACACGAAUUUCACGUGUUAAGAAAGGAGAACAAACAAAAUAGCUUUCGCAAAACGCAAAUGGAGAAAAAAAUCAAUGACGUUGAGCAAAUGGCAAGUGAAAUGACAAAACAGAAAGCUGAAUUUUUGCAAUAUAAGGAAAACGAGAGGAAAACCAUGGAAACUUUAUUAACUCUCAACAAGGAAAACGAAUCGAUGCGAGUAGGAAUUAAACGGUUGGAAGAAGAGAACGAAACUGCCAAAACGACUAUAUCUACCUUGAGAAAAGAUCUGGACCAUCUUACUCUUUCGCAUAGUCAGAUACUUGUAGAGAAUACCAAGCUGACAAACGACAAAUUAAGACUUGAGCAAGAAAUAAGGAAAAUGGAGAAUCGAUACGACGUGAAUGUUCGUUCGCUGCAUGAUAAAUUCAGCAAAGAGAUAUUUGAUCUUAAUCAGAUCAAUGAUUCGCAUCGAGCAAGAGUGCAAGAGCUCGAAGCAACGAAUAAAGAGUUCAGAAGACAUAUGGCAGUGUGCGAGACUAGUGAUUCGGCACCGAGCUCGAGCGGCGUAUCGUCUAUACCUACAGACGUCACGCUCAAACAAACCUGCGAUAUUCUACAUGAAUAUCAACCUUAUAAUAACUUGCAAUAUUGGCAGUCGACAAAUUAUUAUACGCUUGGAGGACGUAGUAAAUCCAGCUGUUCGCCGGAUUUAGGAAUAGAAAGUGAUGCCGCCGUCACCACGAUAAGGCCUUUGAAAGAUACAUUGAAAAUCACAGAAUCUAUGACUAACUUAUUAAGUGAUGAAGAUAGUGGGAAUGGUAAUCACAGAGCUCGAGAUACAAACAGUGAAAGUCCAUUACCAAUAGAAGGUCUUGAUGAGGUAGAAACUUUGAAACAAGAAAAUGAAGCAUUGAAACGAAGACUGAUGAAAACUAGGAGAGCAUUAGAGGACACGUUUGAACACCUAUCAGCUUCAAAUAAGAAUAAAAAAAACGUUGAAAAGGCGAUAAUAAAGCAGCUUAUGGUUACUAGAAAUGUCCUAAAAAAAACGAGGACAUUUAAUGAACCUUCGGACAAUUAAUAGAGAUUGCAGACUGACAAAUCAAGAAAUAUUGCACAAAAAAAAUAGAGCACGAAAUUGUUACUCGUUGAAUUGUUCUCAUAGAUUAGCUAUUUAUUAAUGCAUGUUUUAUCUAUUUCUCAUUUAUCAUCUCUUCUCGUAUUUUCGAGAUGAGAAAACGAACAAUACAUAUCGGUACAAAAGAUUAUGAUACUCCUAGACAUAUUACAAAAAUUUCUAAACGAAAAAGAUUUUUAAGUGAGAAAUAUUUUCAUACAAAAAACGGAACGUGUUAUUUUCAUUACAAAAAAAAUAUAUAUACAUAUAUAUAUAUAUAUAUAUAUAUAUAUAUAUAUAAACGAAAGAAUUUAAGACGAAUUGUAUAUUGAGAUUUGUAUAUAUUUAUAUAGACGUAAUGAGAAAGAGACAUUUUUAUAGAUUUUCUUUCCAUGGAAAAUUGUUCUUCUAAGAGUUGAUGAUGGCGCGAAUCGCAUCGGCCUUGAAAUCAGUCUUCGUUCAUUGACCUAUUUUGCUUUGUGAAUAACAGAAAUUUGCGUAUGUGUGUAUAUAUAAUUAUUGCAUGUGUGUAUCAUUAUGUAGCAUCUGUACAUAAUACCACUUAAUAAAGUGCCAUUGAUAUUUAGAAA